AUGGCAUCUGCUACCAGCUUCCACGAGUUCAAGCCCCUUGACAAGAAGGGCAACCCCUACGACCUCGCCUCGCUCAAGGGCAAGGUCGUCCUCGUCGUCAACACGGCCAGCAAGUGCGGCUUCACGCCGCAAUUCGGCGGCCUCGAGACGCUCUACAAGGACAUCGUCGCCGCGCACCCCAACGACUUCGUCAUCCUCGGCUUCCCCUGCAACCAGUUCGGCUCGCAGGACCCCGGCUCCAACGACGAGAUCCAGUCCUUCUGCCAGGUCAACUACGGCGUCUCGUUCCCCGUCCUCGGCAAGGUCGACGUCAACGGCGACAAGGCGGACCCCGUGUGGGAGUGGAUGAAGUCGGAGAAGGCCGGCCUGAUGGGGCUGAAGCGGAUCAAGUGGAACUUUGAGAAGUUUUUGAUCGGCAAGGACGGCAAGGUCAAGGGGAGGUGGGCGAGCACGACGAAGCCUGAGAGCUUGAAGGACGUUAUUGAGAAGGAGUUGGCUGCGUAA